AUGUUCAGUAUAUUCUUGUUCGCCGGGUCCUUCCUCGCGCUGACGUCGCUGGUCACGGGCGUCGUCGAUGACUACGAUCAAUGUUACUUUGACGCUGGCUAUGUCGGCCCGCAGUCUCUACUCCCCUGCCUGCCUGGAAACAGUACCGACAGCGGCUAUAGCUGGUGUUGCAUGGCUGGCCAGAACUGCCUUAACCAGGCCUGCUACGAUGCCAAAACUGGUAUGACCUACCAGUAUGGUUGCAAUGAUCCAACGUACAAGGACAAGAACUGCCCCGUCAAAGGUGGUCUCGAUAGAGCCAAGUCCCCCUGGGUUGGUCUUGUCCAAUGCUUGAACGCAAAUGAAGGCCAGCUGAAAUUCUGGGCUUGCAACCAUCCUGACACCUGCGGCGAGAACUGCCCGACCGAACCCGAUCGCCCGCAAGCGACGCAAUCCGUCUGGCCUUUCGAGAUUCAGCCUCUGCCUCCCCUCAACGACUGCAACGACCUGGGCAAUAGGGUUCUUGCCAUGUAUGCGCCUAGCACCUUGGGAUCGACCGGUGGAGUUCCUUCGAGUUAUACACCACCCACAAACAAACCAAGUCCGACCAGACCACCGCUACGCGACAGUGAAGCGACCACCACCGCCGUUUCCUUCACCAUGUCUGCAUCGGAAAUUGCAAGCAGCAGCACUGACGCGAUUUCUUCCGCUGUCCCUGGCACAAGCUCCUCGGCAUUGAGUAACGGUGCCAUCGCUGGCAUCGCCAUCUCUUCAACUGCCGUCGUUCUGUCGGCUUUCUUCGCCAUGUUCAUCUUGUUCCGGCGUCGUCGCGCUCGUCAACUUGGCACCGACCCUACACCAAUCGACUUACCGGAUCACAGGGAAACUGGUCCUGCGGAACUGCCCGAUGAGAAGUGCAAUCUGAUGUAUCUUAACACUCCGCCAAUAACAUCUGAUGGGGCUCACAAGCGGUCAAUCUCGGAUGUGACUUUCAGUGCUUUUGCCCCGAGUCCACUAAGCACCCCGAGAACACCUGCCUCUGCAUCCUGCGCACCAGGUCCGCAUAUGACACUUGCCGAGAUACCCGAACAGGCAAGAACUAUACACGAAAUGCCAGCAAUUAAUGAGCCAGUGGAGAUGCCAUAA